AUGGUCAAGGAAACUAAGUUUUACGACGCAUUGGGAGUAGCGUCGAACGCCUCCGACGCAGAGUUGAAAAAGGCAUACAGAAAAGCAGCGUUGAAGUACCACCCUGACAAAAACCCAACACCAGAAGCAGCAGAAAAAUUCAAAGAAAUCUCGCAUGCCUACGAGAUCUUGUCCGACGACCAAAAGAGAGACAUUUACGACCAGUAUGGAGAGGAAGGGUUGUCGGGACAAGGAGGCGCCGGCAUGAAUGCCGACGACAUCUUUUCCCAGUUCUUUGGUGGCGGGUUUGGCGGCCAGCCACAGAGACCCACUAGGGGCAAGGAUAUCAAGCACAGUAUCUCGUGUUCGUUGGAGGACUUGUACAAGGGCAAAACCACCAAGUUGGCGUUGAACAAGACCAUCUUGUGCAGGGAGUGCGAAGGAAGAGGCGGGGCUGUAGGCAAAGUGCAGGAAUGUCCCGAUUGUCAUGGUAGCGGCAUGAAAUUCGUCACGAGGCAAAUGGGUCCAAUGAUUCAAAGAUUCCAAACCGUGUGUGACAAGUGUCAAGGCAAAGGGGACUUGUGCCACGAAAAGGACAGAUGCACCGUUUGUAAAGGCAAAAAGACCGAAAAUGAAAGGAAAAUAUUGCAAGUCCACGUUGAUCCCGGUAUGAAGGACGGCCAAAGAAUUGUUUUCAGUGGCGAAGGUGACCAAGAACCCGGCAUUACGCCCGGUGACGUCAUUUUCAUUAUUGACGAAAAACCAAACGCCGAGUUCCAAAGAAAAGGCAACGACUUGUUCAAAGAAUACGAAGUUGAUUUAUUGACGGCUUUGGCGGGUGGAGAAAUUGCCUUCAAGCACAUUUCUGGGGACUGGAUAAAGAUAAACAUCAAUCCGGGCGAAGUGGUCUCCCCCGGUGAAGUCAAGUUGGUUGAAGGUAAAGGUAUGCCAAUUUACAGACAAUCAGGUUACGGUAACUUGAUUCUCAAAUUUUCAGUCAAAUUCCCUCCUACUCAUUUUGCCGAUGAAGAUAAGCUUAAACAGCUCAAUUCCAUCUUGCCUCCUAGACAGGAAGUCUUCAUUCCUGAAGAUGCCGAGGUUGACGACUGUGAUAUGGUGAAGUAUGAUCCUGCUAAGCACCAACAAAGAAGAAGACACGAUGCAUAUGACUCUGAUGAUGAAGAAGGUCGUGGAGGCAACCCUGGUGUGCAAUGUGCUUCACAGUAA